CCAGGUGUCACAUCCACACUGGGGUGGGGGACAGGGGAGGGGGGAGCAGCGGCAGCCCUGGUGGCCCUCAGGGUGCCUCUCCCUGCCUUUGGGGCUAACGCUGAGCUGGGCUGAGCAUCCUUGUGGGGAGGGGGCUCUGCAAAGCCCGGCAGGGGCUGGGUGGGAGGAGAAGCUGGUGGCUCCAUUUCCCUCCAGCGGGUGCAAGGAGCUGUUCUGUGCCAGCGCUGAACUGCGGGGAGCACCGUGAGCCCCGGGGAGGGCAGUGAGUUCCAGGGAGCACCGUGAGCCUUGGGGAGGGCAGUGAGCUCCGGGGAGCACCGUGAGUUCCAGGGAGCACCGUGAGCCUCGGGGAGCACCGUGAGCCUCAGGGAGCACCGUGAGCUCCGGGGAACACUGUGAGUUCCAGGGAACACCGUGAGUUCCAGGGAGCACCGUGAGCUCCGGGGAACACUGUGAGCUCCAGGGAACGCCGUGAGCCGUGGGCAGCACUGUGAGCUCUGGGAAACACCUUGAGUUCCAGGGAGCACCGUGAGCCCAGGGGAGCACUGCAAGCCCCAGGGAGCACCGUGAGUUCCAGGGAACGCUGCAAGCCCCGGGGCUACCAGCCAUGAGCCUGGAGCCCCCCAAGCUGGAGGUCAAAUCGGCCACGAGGGUGAGCGGGGGUCCUGCCACCCCCCGCAAGGGACCCCCCAAGUUCAAGCAGAGGCAGACAAGGCAGUUCAAGAGCAAACCCCCCAAAAAGGGGGUGCAGGGGUUUGGUGAUGACAUCCCAGGCAUGGAGGGGUUGGGAACAGACAUCACUGUCAUCUGUCCCUGGGAAGCCUUCAGCCACCUGGAGCUACACGAGCUGGCUCAGUACGGAAUCAUUUAGGAUUUGGGCAGGCUCACCAGCCCUGUAGUGCUGUGUAG